AUGCCUGAAGGAAACUGCACUGCCCUGACUGAGUUCAUUCUCCUGGGUUUCACAGACUGGCCUGAGAUGGAGAUUCCUUUGUUUGGGCUCUUCCUGCUCAUCUCCGGCACCACUUCGGUGGGGAACGUCGGCCUCAUGGCACUUGUCCGGCUCACUGCCUGCCUUCACACCCACAUGUAUUAUUUCCUGAGCAAUUUAUCCUUCCUAGUCAGUUGUUCUUCUGCCAUCACUCCCAAGAUGCUGGUGAACCUCUUGGCCCAGCACAAAGCCAUUUCUUUCCUUGGCUGUGGGAUGCAGAUGUUCCUCUUUGCCGCUUCCACUGAGUGACUCGUUUUGGCCGCCAUGGCCUACGACAGCUACGUGGCCGUUUGUCAGCCUCUCCUCUACUCUGAGGCCAUGUCCCACAGGAUCUGCACCUCCAUGGUGGCUGGGGCGUUCCUCAGCAGGGGUCUGACCUCGCUGGUCCACACCUGCCUCGCAUUCUCGCUGCCGUUCUGCGGCUCCAGAUGGAUCAACCACUUCUGCGACAUCCCGCUGCUGCUGGAGAUCUCCCGCUCUGACACACGCCUCAAUGAGGUCCUGCUCAUCACCCUGUGUGGCUUCAUCCAGACCAGCACCUUCCUGAGCAUUGCUGUGUCCCACAUCUCCAUCCUCAGCACCAUAUUCCGCAUCCAGGUGGCUGAGAGCAGGUACAAAGCCUUCUACACCUGCAGCUCCCACCUGAUGGCCAUCGCGUUGUCCUAUGGCUCCCUCCUCUUCACCUAUUUAAAGACCAGCUCCAACCACUCCUCCUGGGACACAGACAAAGUAGUGUCUGCAUUUUAUACUCUUGUCUUUCCCAUGCUGAACCCCCUGAUUUACAGCCUGAGGAACAAAGAAGUGAAGGAUGCCCUGAGGAGGACAGUGGAGAGGAGGGUCUUUUCUCAGGGAUUUUCUUAG